UCACCGGGUGCAUGUCCUCUCUCGCCUUUCGCUUGGUAGGAGGAGUUGCACCUGUCAGUCCUGACUUCCGGCCGAGCUGCCCGCACGUGUGGCGUUUCUGUGCGCCAGAACCCGCCGCCUGGUGACUAAGCUACUCCGUGAGUGCUCCCUUAGAAUCCUUUGAUCCCAUUUUUUGGUCUUCCAGGUGAACCAGGGAUAAUCUCGGCUUCGCCAGGUCUCAUCCGUCCCCUCUGUUCACGGCAUUAACAGCUCCAGCAGCUUAAGCUCCAACAUGUCCCACGUGUCCGACAUCGGGGACGCUCUAUCGAUCGUGGAGUCUGCGGUAUCGGAACGGGCAAGUCGCUCUUCUUACCGGACAUGGACCAUCCCCAAGAUGAUUGCCGAGCUGGACAAGCGAGGAAUCCGCCAUUCGGCCACAGCCCGAAAGGCCGAAUUAUAUCACCUAUUGUUUCCUGAGCCAUCUACAGGGUCCACGGAGCAGAUCCCCAUGUCGACCAUACAGCUGUCACUAACGCAGCUACACGCCACGAUAAACAAUUUGUCCAGUUCCAUCUGUGACAUGAAUACCAGGCUCCAGGCGGUCGAAAGCAGGGACGCUUCACCUGCCGCACCCUCCAGUCCCGCCCCUGGUCCUUCCACUUCCCAGCCAUCUUCCUCAGGUAGGUUGUCUGGGCCGCCCGAAAUAGCCCCCUCCUUUUUCGUCCCCGAAAACCUGCGCAGGGACAUUCUCGCAGGCAAGGACGUGAACCUGGCUGCGGUCCUCAUCUCCACGCACGACACGGUGGAAAACCGGACCAUCGCUUGCGGGGACGUGUCCGUAGUCCUGAAGGCCAAAGACGCGAGGUUGAACAAAAAACUCUCCAUCCCGGAGUUCGUGCUCGCGUUCAGCCUCUACCGCGACAUCAUCUGCGCAGCACACCCAGCCAGAAGAGAGGAGCUGGACGCAUAUUUAUACAGGGUCACGGAGCUUGGGCACAAAUACGGAGGAUUUGCAUAUUACGACUAUCACCGGUCAUUUUCGGCGAAGGCAGCUGCAGCCCUCGCCCAGUUCCAGCAUAUUACCAACUGGGCCUCCCUCGACAUGGAGCUAUUCUGCAGACACUUUGCAGGUCUCAGGUCUCCUUUUUGCUCCUUCUGCCAGUCAGUCCUGCACGCCUCCGAUUGGUGCCCAAGCUCCCACGCCUCCCCCCUGCCAAAACAGCAGCCGAGCACUUCGGCCCCCCAGAAACCGGGUCCGCUCCUGGACAAAUUGGGUCGGCCCAUCGUGUACCUGGGGAAAAACCAGUUGUGCAACAAUUUCAACUCCAGCUUCUGCAACUAUAGCAAAUGUAAGGCGCUCCACAUUUGUUCCACCUGCUUCCGGGCCCACCCCCAGUCCACCUGCUCCCAGCGCUCGGCCAAAAGCUGACUGGCCGACAUUAAUGUCCCCCUUCUCAUCUCCCUCCUCAAUACCCACCACGAUCCCGCCUUCGUCCAAUUCCUGCAUUCCGGUUUUUCAUCAGGCUUCCACACCGGCCUGGUCACCCUGCCUCGGAAUUCCUGGGAGACCCCCAAUCUCA